AUGACAUCCGACGGCGACCUUGGGGACAACCGCGUGCCGUGCGACGCGGAGGAGGGGGGGCCUGGUCUGCGGCAUGUCGAGCUGGGAGUGGAGGUGGAGCCGCUGGAGGGAAGCGCUCUCGGGAAGGGGGCUUUCGGGAUGGUAAGGAAGGCGCGGUGGAUUGACGGCGAGGGGCGGGGGCGCCUGGUCGCGGUGAAGUACGCCAACGAGCUAACGGAGGCCAGCGCCCGGCGGUCUCUGGAGAACGAGCUCAAGGUGUUCGACGCGCUGCCGGCCCACCCGCACAUAAUCAGAUGCUUCGGCGGCAAGCUGGGGGAAGGGACGGCCGCCGGGCCUGGCGCGGAUUCCGAAAGGUGCGCGGGGGAUGAUUUCUACAUCGUGUUGGAGCUGAUGGACAUGAACUUGGACGAGCUGAUUCGCUCCCCCGAGCACGCCCACCGCUGCACGUAUGCUGGCCUGCUGGACGUCUUUGAACAGGUAGCCGACGGCCUGGAGCACCUGCACGCCCACAACAUCAUUCACUACGACAUGAAGCCGGGGAACGUGCUGCUCAGCCGGGACCUCCGCGUGAAGCUGGCGGACUUUGGCCUGUCGAAGAUGAAGCUGCGGAGGUCCACUGCGGCCAGCUGCAAGGGGCAGUUCGGUUACAUGGCUCCGGAGGUGGCCCUCAGCCUCAACGUGCGGGGGCUGAGGGUGACCGACAAGGUGGACGUGUUCUCCCUGGGGGUCAUGAUGUGGGAGUGCGUCAGCGGCAAGCGGCGGCCAUCCCUGCAGAGCCAGUCCAUGGGCACCAGGGACUCCUGCAUGAGCUUUGGCUCCUCCUGCGACGAAGUGUGCCUCGGGAACUCAAAGUACACGCUGGGCUUGGACUGCCCCAAGAGCCUGGUGCAGCUGAUCGAGCAAUGCGUGGAGCUGCAGCCCGACAACCGCCCAUCGUCCAUGGAAGUCAGGACCAGGUUGGGGGAGCUGAAGAGGGAGCCUUGGGCACAAGGGCACCCCUGGGGCGACGACCUGGCCAGCCAGGAAGACUUGCAGGCUGGAACGAAAACGGGCCAUUUCGUCGACGAUUCGGCCUGGGAGAGUCGUCAUUUGAUUGUGCCCCCAGUGAGUGGCCCAUGCAAAGACAUCAGUGUUUAG